GGACCCCGCUCUUUCCCCAGAGAGCCACCACCCAUCAUUACGUGGACUCGUCCCUUCCAAAACCGCAAGAACCUUUCCUCGGUAACAUCACAUGACGCCGAGAGGCGCAGUCCGCCGUAUUCCAAGAUGGCGUCACCCACGGGGGCCAUGAUUGUGGCGAGCAGAGCUCUGAGGUGCCUGCGUGCUGCGGGUGUGCAGAGGAACUACGCCGCCCUCAGCUCCAGAAGAGAUAUAUCAUUCAAACUGGAUGAGAAAACUGCCCACAGUAGCCUGGACCUGUUCAAGAAGGACACAGGGGUCAUCUUUCAUAUACUAGGCAUUGACCCCUCCAAAGUCGCCCAGAAUCUUGAGCGUUUCCGUGAGUGGGCGGUUGUUCUUGGAGACACACCGAUUGUGAGUGGUCGGCAUUACUGGGAGGUGACUGUGAAGAAGUCCAAUGAGUUCCGCGUAGGUGUGGCAGAUGCUGACAUGUCCAGAGAUGAGUGCAUUGGUGUAAGCAGCCGCUCAUGGGUCUUUGCAUAUAGCCAUAAAAAAUGGAAUGGAAUGGUGGUAAAUAAAAUAAUCCCAAUUACCAACAUUGGCCACCCAAGCAAAGUAGGCCUGCUGGUGGACUAUGAAGGUGGCAAACUCUGCCUUGUGGACCCCGAAAAAGGCUCCCUCAUCCAUACUCUCAACGCGGACUUCCGAGGCCCAAUUGUGCCAGCAUUUGCCUUGUGGGAUGGAGAACUUCUUACCCACUCAGGCUUAGAUGUCCCGGACAUUCUGUGAAGCCCUAGAAAGUGUUGCCAUAAAAGUGCCUAUUCAGCUAUCCUGGCAUUAAAGGGGUUGUCUGUCUGUUUAAUAUUGAUGACCUAUCCCCAGGAUUGGCGGGGUUCGGACUCCUGGCAACUCUGACGAUCCUGUUUUAGGAGGUCGCAGAAGUCCUCGCAGCUAACUAAGCACAGCGCCGUCCUUUGGAUAGUGGCUGUGCUUGGUAUCGCAGCUCAGCCCCAUUCACUUGAAUGGGAUUGAACUGCACCUAGGCCAUGUGAUCGAUGAGCAUGAUGUCACUGGCACUCACCAGAGCACCCUGUGGCCAUUCAAACAGCUGAUCAGCAGGGGUGCUGGGGGUCUUACUAUUAUUAGAUAUGGUUGACUUAUCUCGAGGAAUAGGCCAUCAAUAUGAAAAUCUGGGGAUAACUUCUUUAAACAGGUAAAGCUUUGUUAUUGAUAUUCCAGGAUGUACGAUAUAAGGAACAUUGUGUUUAGUCUUUGCUUUGACUUUCUAAGUAUUUCGAUUAUGAACAGUAUCCGUGUGGAAUUUGCUCUAAUAUUUUCCGAAUGUAUGGAGAUAUAUUUUCAUGUUGUGCCAAAGUGUGAAAAGAGUCAGUUACACAUUAAUAAUCGCAGCCGCAGCAAGUGAAUUUCAAGAAUGAAUUAUCCUCGGCAUUAAAUAUAUAGAAUCAAA